GAUAAAAACUGUAUCAAUAGGAGCAUGAGUAUAUUUGAUUGCGAGUAGUACCCAAAGUCAACUGCGAAAAAUCGUGCGAACAGAUAUAGAAAAAUGACAAGUGUUCUCGUUUGGUUGUUGCUGAGUACCUUGUUCUACACGGACUCAGAUGGAAAACUUUCCAAACCUAGAAUCGUCGGUGGUAAAGCCACCACAAUCCAAAAACACCCCUACCAAGUCUCUAUUGUCUACAUCGACACCCACAACUGCGGCGGUACCAUCAUUAACUCGUACCACGUACUAACAGCCGCCCAUUGUACCCAUGGAUUUUCAGCGUCAGUCUUACUGGUACGAGCUGGAUCCACUCAAGCUAAUUCAGGUGGACAAGUAAAACGAGUGUCUCAGAUUUUUAUACACCAAAAUUACAAUUCUGACACUUAUGAUUACGAUAUAUCUAUUUUGAGGUUAGCAGAUGGGCUAAGUUUUGGUGAUACGGUGGCACCCAUUGGGUUACCUACACAAAACGCAAAUGAUAUACCGGGUGGUCUUGUUGGUACUGCUACUGGGUGGGGUCGCUUGGCUAAAGACGGACCGGUACCACUGGAACUACAAGAAGUCGAUUUACCGACUGUUGAUGCAGCUAAUUGUGAUUUGGUUUAUGGUGGUAGUGUGACACAGAGGAUGUUUUGUGCGGGAUAUGUGGAAGGGUUGAGAGAUACGUGUGAAGGGGAUUCGGGUGGUCCUUUUGUUUAUGGAAACACUUUAAUAGGAAUCACAUCAUGGGGCGAUGGGUGUGGCGCACCAAACAGCCCAGGGGUCUACACCAAAGUGCAAUACUUUAGAACUUACAUCGACACUAUUGUUAAUAAUAGAGUACCGGCUGCUUUCGUACCUGACAUAACCGUUCGAAUCGUUGGUGGUGAGCCCACAGUCAUCGAAGAAUUUCCAUAUCAAGUCUCGUUGAUCUACAUCGACACCCAUUUCUGUGGAGGCGCCUUAAUUCACACCCAGUACGUUCUAACAGCAGCCCAUUGCACCGAUGAAAUGUUACCUGGAUUUCUUCUAGUACGGGCUGGUUCUACGUACAAGGAUCAAGGUGGACAAGUCAAACCAGUCACAAAGAUCUACCAACACCCAGACUACGACGAAAACACCUACGAUUGUGAUAUUUCUGUUUUGAGAGUGGAAAGUUCGUUCGUUCUUGGGGACGGUGUUCAACCAAUAGGGUUGCCGCUUGAGGGUGACCCAGUUGGUGAUAACGAAAUCGGAGUGGUUACUGGAUGGGGGAAACUGGCAGAGGAUGGUCCGGUACCACUUGAACUCCAACAAGUGGAAGUACCUACCAUCAACAGGGACGUGUGUGCCCGUUUAAACCGGGACGACAUUACUGAAAAUAUGUUGUGCGCUGGGUACUUGCAAGGUGGUAAAGAUACUUGUCAGGGAGACUCAGGAGGACCCCUCGUUAUUGCAGGAACUCUAGUCGGGAUAACGUCCUGGGGGAACGGGUGCGUCCAGUCCAACAGUCCCGGAGUCUACACAAAAGUGUCCUCUUUUGUAAAUUACAUCACCAAGAUCGUCUACAACUAUAAGGAGAAAUUUUUCGGUACCAAGUCAGUAGAAAUCAUGCUUCCUUUUCUGGUUUUGUGUCUGGUGCUGGCUGCCAAUGGGGCACCGGGAAAAAAUUUCGACAACAGGAUAGUGGGUGGAAGACCUACAACCAUUGAGGAGUACCCCUACCAGGUGGGUGUUCUUUUCUACGGCGCCCCAUCGUGCGGAGGCUCCAUAAUCAGUCCCAACUACGUCGUCACUGCGGCUCACUGCACCAAUGGUGUGGAGGAGGAAGGUAUAACGGUUAGGGUUGGUUCGAACGUCACUACAGCCCACGGAGAAAUUUUCACAGUAAAAAAAAUCCACCAGAACCCCAAUUUCAACUACAACCUUCUGGAUUUCGACAUCUCCAUCCUGGAACUGGAAACCCCGAUAACGUUUGGAGCCACCGCGUCCCCGAUUAAACUCGUACCCAACGACUUCCCCAUAGCUCCAGGUGCGCAAGCCACCAUCACCGGAUGGGGUACCCUAUCCGAACAAGGCAGACCCUCUUCGGAGCUCCAAGUGGUACAAGUCCCAGUGGUCAGUAACGAGGACUGUCAGAGGGAUUAUGGUCAAGACGCAGUCGUUACCGAGAGGAUGGUUUGCGCUAUGGAAGAAGGCGGUGGAAAGGACGCUUGCCAGGGGGAUUCGGGAGGCCCCAUGGUCGUGGACGGUCUCCUCGCCGGGAUCGUGUCCUGGGGCUUCGGCUGCGCCCGCCCCAACUACCCCGGUGUCUACUCCAGGGUUUCCACCCUCAGAGAUUUCGUUAGAAAUGUCACUAAUAUAUAAUUACUUUGAGAUAUUUUAUUGUAAAGAAAAUAUUUGCUUGUAAUAACUGAAACUGUACUGUGUGAUAUGAGUAAACAAAGUGGUUCAA